CGCGGGCCCGCGUUCCGGCGCGGCCAUGCUGGCGGACGGGCCGGCACCGAGCCAUGCGGAGCUGGGGGGUGCUGGGGGGAGCGGCGGCGGCGCUGGCGGCCGGGAUUUACGUCCUGUGGGGCCCCAUCACCGGCAGGAAACGGCGCCGGAGAGGGCUUGUCCCAGGCCUCCUGAACCUGGGCAACACUUGUUUCAUGAAUUCCCUGCUCCAGGGCUUGUCCUCCUGCCCCUCCUUCAUCAGGUGGCUGGAGGAGUUCACAGCACAGUACAGGACAGAGCAGGAGAAAUCCCAGGAACAUCAUCAGCACCUGUCAGUGACUUUGCUGCAGCUCCUGAGAGCUUUAUCCUGCCAGGAGGUGACAGAGGACGAUGUCCUGGAUGCCAGCUGCCUGCUGGAGGUGCUGAGGAUGAACAGGUGGCAGAUCUCCUCCUUUGAGGAGCAGGAUGCCCAUGAGCUGUUCCAUGUCCUGACCUCUUCCCUGGAGGACGAACGGGAUCGGCAGCCCCGUGUGACCCAUCUGUUUGAUGUGCAUUCCCUGGAGCAACCAGAAAUAACCCAAAAGCAAAUAAGCUGCAGGACAAGAGGAUCUCUUCCUCCUGUGUCCAGCAACUGGAAAUCUCAGCACCCUUUCCAUGGAAGGCUGACCAGCAACAUGGUCUGCAAACACUGUGAGCACCAGAGCCCUGUGAGGUUCGACACCUUUGACAGCCUCUCCCUGAGCAUUCCAGCGGCGGUGUGGGGUCGUCCCAUGACACUGGACCACUGCCUCCAUCACUUCAUCUCCUCUGAGUCUGUCAAGGAUGUUGUGUGUGACAACUGCACCAAAAUCCAGGCAGAAGGAAUUCUGAAUGGACAGAGCAUAGAAAACCAGAGAACGACGUUUGUUAAGCAAUUAAAGUUAGGAAAGCUGCCCCAGUGUUUGUGCAUCCACCUGCAAAGGCUGAGCUGGUCAAACCAGGGCACUCCCCUGAAGAGACACGAACACGUCCAGUUCAACGAGUUCCUGGUCAUGGACAUCUACAAAUAUCGGGUUCCUGGGCCCAAAUCCAGCCAGGAGCAGCUCAGCCAGAAAAACUCCGAGGAGAUAACCCCUGGAAUAAAGGAUGGGAGAGCAGGGAAACCUUCAGAUGCAGAACAACCAGCUGGUACCAAACCUCUCUUCAUGAAUGGUGCCUCCUCUUCCUCCUCCACUUCCUCAUUUUUAAUGUCCCCAGGAGCUUUCCCACUUGCUGCAUUCCCUGAGUGCAGGGCCCCGCUGUACCUGUACCGCCUGAUGGCCGUGGUGGUGCACCACGGGGACAUGCACUCGGGACACUUCGUCACCUUCCGGCGCGCGCCGGGCGCCCGCGGCAGCCAGUGGCUCUGGAUCUCGGAUGAAUCCGUGCGCAGGGCCAGCCUGCACGAGGUGCUGGCUGCCAGCGCCUACCUGCUGUUCUAUGAGCGCGUGCACGGCCGGGCCCAGCCCCAGAGCUGAGCCGGGAGCGCCGGCACCGUCCCGAGGCCUCGGAUCGCGCCUCUCCGUUAUGCAAACCUCCCCCUCUCCCCAGGCUCCCUUCCCUGUGGGAGCAGCUGGGAAUUGGGGUUUGUACCCAAAUCCCGCUGUCCCAGCCCGUGCAGCCCCGGGUGUGUGCUGAGAAGCGUUUUCCUGCCUUGUCCCAAGGCUCUAUUCCAUGUCCUUUUCCCAGGGAGAUGCUUUAUCCCGCGCAUUUUGUUUCCCAAGGGCCUGGAGAGGGGUUGAUGUCAAGCUGCUGUUGAAGAGCCCAUCCCAGUCCCUCCCCUGGCACCUCCAUUAUGCACCAGCCCCAUUCCCUGUGGCAAUGGCUGGGAAUUGUGUUUUGUACCAAAAUUCCUGGAGCUGUUCCAGUGUCCAGCCCCGAGCGUGUGUUGGGAAUCCUUUUGUCUGCCAGGCAGGGAUUUUAUCCCAAGGCUCUAUUCCCAAUGUUUCCUAGUGGGGAGCCCUGGGAGGGGACGAGGGGAAGCUGCUGUUGGCGAUGAUUUAAGACACAAAGUGCCUUGAGCUUCCCUGAACAGCUGCAUUGCCACUGGCCCAGCCCUCUGCAUGCCCACUGUGUCCUGGGAAUGCCUCACAGCCACGGGAUGAACUCAUGGAAUCACAUUUCUCCUGACCUAUCAAGGCAUCUCCACAAACGGCCCCGAUCCAAAAGAUUUCCCUGUUCACACCAUUUUCCUCCCACUGUCCCCCUUCUUUAUAAAGUCCUUCUCCUGAUUUAAAUUGCUUUAUCCAGGAGAUAAUUUUGUAUCUAUUAAGAGUUGAAACCUUAAUUUAUUGCUCCAUACCUUUGGAAUAUAGCUGAAAUCAGCACAUGGAAGUGUUUGCUAGUGCUCAGUGUUGUCAUUUCCUUCAGCACUGUUGAAUCCAGUUGUUUUGUAGCAUCCACUACAACUUUUAAUGCUGUGAUUUCCAAGCUGCUGUAAUUGUUCUAGACUUGCCCUUCCCCUUUGAUUGCUGGAAUUCUAUUAUGGAUUGCUAUUCCCAGCACUGGGAUCCACGCUCCUGGCUUGCAGCUGAGCUGUAGAGCAGCCCCUGGCCUUGUUAAAUGGAAUAUAAACAACAGGGUGGGCACUUACUGGUCUCAUGAAGAAAUCUGGGAGUCCUGCAUCAGCUCCAGGCUGCCAUGUAAAUAGAAAUAAGGGGAAUUCUGCUGCUCUGGAUUGUUUGAGGUAUUUAAAAAAAAAAAAAAAUCAAAUAAAAACAAAUCCCAAA